CCAAAAAUGGGAUCCACUUGUUGUAACACUAAAUUCUAAAGUUCCUCUUAUGGUAAGAUGAUUAUGUUAUCAAUAGCAGAAUUAUGCUUAGAAUAAGGAUCAAGUGCACUGAUAUUAUAGAAAUAGAGUGUUUCAUAAUAAGAGUAAAGUUAAAUGGUAGCACCACUUCCACUAGGUAAGGAAUCUCAAACACCUACAAAACUAGAAGCAAUGAAACAAUAGAUUCAAUUAUUAUAAUUGGAGUCUAUCAAAGCUGAAAAUGAGUUAAUAGAGGAGUAAGUUAAUACACCAAAAGGUCAAAUUAAUCUUAUAAGAAAAAUAUCAAUUGAAAGUGAAUAACAAAAUAUAAAUAAUAAUAAUAAGGAAAUUAGAAGCACAAAUCAUUAAGAAACAAAUCUAUUAUAAUUAAGUCCAAUAUAGCUAGACUCUGGUUUUAAUUUACCUUAACAAUCUCCAUCUCCUUUAAAAAAAAAUUCAAAUAGAAAAGAAUCCUUAAAUGUAGAAUAAUACAAUAAUACAACUUUUACUUCUCCUCGCAUUUAUACUACAAAUAGAUAAAUUUAAGAUUAGAGUGCUAGUCCAACUAAAAAAUCAAUAGGCUCUAUGAGUUCUUUAACUAUUAGAAUGGGUGUUGAAUUAUUUGUCAACUUAAAGAAAGGUUCUAUAAAUAAGGUUUAUGCAUUUGGAUAAGUAUUAGGUUAAGGAGCUUUUGGAAAAGUAUGGAAAGUCACUCAUAAAACAACUGGUAUAUUUAUUUAAUUUAAAAUAUAGGUUUGAUAAGAGCAAUGAAACAGAUAAAAAAAUCUGAAUUAAUAAAAGAGGAUGAAUAAAAAUUAUUUUAAGAAAUGCAUAUAUUAAAAAAUCUUGAUCAUCCUCAUAUUGUCAAAUUAUAUGAAUUGUAUCAAGAUUAAAAUAAUUAUUAUAUGAUAACUGAAUAUUUAUCUGGAGGAGAAUUAUUUGAAAGAAUUAAAAAAAUGUAAGUAUUUACAGAAAAAAGAGCAAGUGAAUUAAUUCGUUAAAUAUUACUUGCUAUUAACUAUUGUCAUGAAUAAAAAAUUGUACAUAGAGAUUUAAAACCAGAAAAUGUUCUUUUUUCAGGUCCUGAACCUGACCAAAAUCUUAAAAUAAUUGAUUUUGGAUGUUCUCGUAGAUUUAAUACUUCAAAAAUGACUAAAAGAUUGGGCACUGUAUAAUAUAUAAUAAAUUAUAAUAGCCUUAUUAUAUUGCACCUGAAGUUUUAGGACAUAAUUAUACAGAAAAAUGUGAUAUUUGGUCAUGUGGAGUAAUUCUAUACAUUCUCUUAUGUGGUUAUCCACCAUUUACAGGAAAAACUGAAUAAGAAAUCUUCGAAAAAGUUAAAUAAGGCAGACUAAAAUUUCCAAGUACUUAUUAAAUUAAAAAUUUAGAUGAGGAAUGGGAAUUCAUAUCAAAAGAGGCAAAACAUUUAAUAUAAAAGAUGAUAUAAGUGGAUGUGAAUUUAAGAUAUUCUGCAUCCUAAGUUUUGAGUGAUCCUUGGUUUUAAAAACAUACAACAAAUUAACCUAUUAAUAAAAAAGUGUUAGAUAAUUUAUCUCAAUUUCAAGCUACAAGUGAAUUCAGAACAGCUAUUGUUUAAUAUAUAAUAUCUUAAAUGACUAAUCAUAAAGAAAUUGAAGAUUUAUAACAUACUUUUCAAUCUUUAGAUAUAAAUAGAGAUGGUGUUCUUAGUAAAGAAGAAUUGAUUCAAGGUUAUAAAAGAAUAAUAAAAAAUUAAGAGGAAGCUGAAUAAUAAGCUGAAAGAAUUUUAGAAGAAAUUGAUAAAAACUUAUCAGGCUAAAUAGAUUAUAGUGGUAAAAUAUCAUAUAAUCGAUAGAAUUCAUUAUGGCCUCCAUUAACCAAUCUAAAAUCCUUUCGUAAAAGAAGAUUGAAUAAGCGUUUCGCAUAUUUGAUUUAGAUGGGGAUGGAUAUAUUACAAAAUAAGAAGUAGAAGAUGUUAUGGGAACAUUAAACUAAGAUGUUUGGUAAUUAUUCUUAUAAGAAACUGAUCAUAACAAAGAUGGAAAGAUUUCGUAUUAAGAAUUUCUAAAACUAUUCUCAAAAUGA